AUGCAGCAGCAGCAGCAGCAGCAGCAGCAGACCGUGAGGCCCUGCGAGAAGGUCUGCAGCAGCGCAGCAGCUCAAACCAAGAAGGCAAGCGUUCACAGCAGCAGCAGCAGCCGCAGCAAGACAGUUCACAUAAUCUGCUGCUGCAUCCAUAUAAGUAGCAGCAGCAGCAGCACCACCACCACCACCAGCAGCACCACCACAACCCCCAGCACCACCAACACCAGCAUCACCAGCGCCAGCACCAGCACCACCAGCACCAGAACCAGCACCACCAGCACCACCAGCACCACCAGCAGCAACAGCAGCAGCAACAACAGCAGCAGCAGCAGCAACAGCAGCAGCAGCAGCAGCAGCAAGAAAAUGAGUGAAGAUUUAUAUUGGGAUGAAAGUACAAAAAGAUAUUUUAAAUUGAAUAUUCAAAAAGAUGAAUUUUAUUCAGAUGAUGAGACUCGUGCUGCUGAUGCUGCUGCUGCUGAGGAAGCAAGACUAUUAGAACAGCAGCAGCAGCAGCAGCAGCAGCAGCAAGAGGAAGAAGAAGAAACAGCAGCAGCAGCAGCAGCAGCGGCAGCCGGGGAUGGUGGGGGUGAUGGGGGAGGUGGUGCUACACCACCAUCUCCUGCUGCUGCAGAUUCUCCUGCUGCAGAUAUAACAGAUAGUGCAGCACAAGAACAGCAGCAAACCUCUCCCGAUAAUGCUGCUGCUGCUGCUGCUGCUGCUGGAGCAGCAGCAGCAACAUCUCCUAAACAGGAAACAAAAUCUCCAGCAUCCGACCAGGCAGCAGCAGCAGAUGCAGUUGCAAGAGAGGAAGCAGCAGCAGAGAAGGCUGCUGCAGAAGCAGCAGCAGCACAAAGGGCUGCUGCAAGGAAAGCAACAGCAGCAGCAGCAGCAGCAAAAGCAGCAGCAGAAGCAAAAGCUGCUGCAGCAGAAGAAGCAGAAGCAGAGGCUGCAGCCGCAGAAAGAGCUGCUGAACGGGCAGCUGCAGCAGCUGCUGCUGCAGAUGCAGCAGGUGCUGCAGCAGACGCAGCGGCAGCAACUGGAGCAGCAGCAAGUGCAGCAGCAGCAGAUGCAGCAGGAAGGGGAACCAGACAAAGUCAAGACGCAAAGGCAGCAGCAGCAGCUCCUGCUGCUGCUGCUGCUGACAAGGCAGCAACAGCAGCUGCUCCUGCACGAGAGAGAGCAGCACCAGACAGCGCACGCCCAGAUGCAGCAGCAGCAGCAGCAGCAGCACCAGUGCAGCGGGGCCCUGAGGGCCCAGGGGGCAGCCGCCUGUUAGCAGCAGGAGCAGAGGCAGCAAGACAUGCACAUCUAGAGAUCAGCAAAAAAUUGGAGGAAGCAGAAGCAGAGAUCGCGCGUCUGCGUGCAUUGGAGAUGUCAAGAGAAAGAGGAUUAGGAGACACAGCAGAGAGAGAAAGUCUUAAGAGGGAGAGGGAUGAGCUACAGCUGCAGCUGCAGCGGCUAAGGGAGGAAGCAGCAGAAUUAGAGGAAGCAAUAGAGGAGGCAGCAGUAGAGAAGGAAGUUGCAUUAGAAAACCUCGAGAGGGAAAGAGCGAAGGCAGAAGACAUCAAACUACAACUCGAACUACAGGCAAGGUUAACAGAGAAGGAGCUGGAGGUUGUGCAACUGCAGCAGCAGCUAGCAGAGCAGCAGACACGGGAAGCUGCUGCACUGAAGCAGCAGCAGCAAAUGCUGCAGCAGCAAGUGCAGCUAAUAAAUAGAAACAAGGCUAAGGAAUUCGAACGUGGUGUGCAGCAGCUCAAGCAGCUGCUGCUGUCUGUACAAGAGGAGAGACAAAAGGCAUUAGCACAAGCUGCUGCGCUGCAGCAGCAAGCAGCAGAGCAGCAGCAGCAAAUAGAUAUGCUGCGUGCAGCAGCAGCAGAUGACCAGAGUUUAUUACAAGAGAUGGAGGAUCAAGAAGAGCAGCAGCAGAAAUUGCUGCAGCAGCUGCUGCAGCAGCAGCAGCAGCAGCAGGAGCAGCUACGUGAGAGAACAACUGAGGAGACACUGCGUGAGCAGACACAGCAACUGCAGCAGCAGCUGCAGCAGCUGCAGCAAGUAGCAGUCCCUCGCUGGCAGCGUGUAUUCAUGUUGCAUGAAGCAGCAGCAGCUACUGCAGCAGCAACAGCAGCAGCUGCAGCAGCAGAGCCAGGCGAUGAACCAGCAGCAGCAGCAGCAGCAGCAGCAACAGCAGAGACAGAUGAUGCUACACUAAAGGAGCAGCAACUGCUGCGCAGCAGCACACUGCUGCUGCAGCUGAGGGAGCAAUCGCUGCUGCGGCAGCAGCAGCAGCAGCGUUGUGACCUGCUGCAGCUGUGUUUGCCACAGCAGCUGCUGCAGCUGCUGCACAAACGGAUGCAGGGACCCUUACUGCUAGAGGAGUGCUGCUACAUGUGCUUAACGUUAAUGGAGUAUUUAUUUGCGGUGUAUGGACAGCCUAUCCUUGAAGAUCUUAAGAUUAACCCCAAGGCUGUACAAAGGGACAGGGGGUUUGUGCGGUGGUUAGGGCGUUGCCUCUUCUUGCUAGGGGACGUGCUGCUGCUGCUGUCUCCCUGGUUGCUGGCAGCAAAGAGAGAGCAGCAAGCAGCAGCAGCAGCAGCAGAUGCAACGCCUUCUGGAGACACUUCUCCAACACCAGAGGGAGCAGCAGCAGCAGCAGCAACAGCAGCAGCAACAACACCUGCAAUUUUCUUAACUGAGCAGGAAGGAUGCGGAGAUAGUUUGCUGCUGCUGCAGCAGCGGCUGCAGCGGCUGCUGCUUGCUGCAGCAAACUGCCGCAUCUCUGCUUCCUCUCCAUUAGAUGAGAUAGAGGCAGCAAUGACUCAAUUAUCUGCUGCUGUGCAGCAGCAGCAGCAGCUGCAGCAGCAGAUGCAGGAGCAGCAGCAGCAGCAGGUGCUGCUGCCUCAGCUGGCAGCAACAGCACACAAGGCUAGGAGUGCUGCAGUGUGGGGUGCAUGCACUGCAGCAGCAGCAAUUGCAGCAGCAGGAGAGACAGCAGCAUCGCCUAAGGAAGCUACUGCUGCUGCUGCUGCGCUGCAGCAAUGGCUGCCUCUUGUUGAUAGUGUUACUUGUCUCCUUGCUGCUCUCCCUGACGCAGAAGACUUUGGUCUACAAGACAGCAGCAACGGCAGCAGCAGCAACAGCAGCAACAGCAGCAGCAGCAGCAGGGGAUGCUGGUGGUUGCUGUGUAGCCUCAAGGGAGACGACCCCAAGAAGUUUGGUGCCGUCUGCAAGACCGUAGAGAAGUUGGUGCAACAAGUUGCAGAUAUAGAGGAGAGGCGCGCUAUUGAAACACUGUCAAGCUUCUUCGGUGCUGCUGCUGCUGCAUGCAAGGGGGGCCCCAUAGCUGUAGCAGCUGGGGGUUGGGAAGGGCUGCUGCGUCAGCAGCAGCAGCAGGUGCAACAGCAGCAGCAGCUGCAGCAAAUGUUGCAGGAGACUCGGCAGCAAAUGCAUAAACUAAAGCAGAAGCUCAAGGAGGUAAGCAGACAGAGACUGCAGCACAGAAGCAACAGUAGCAGCAGCAGCAGCAACCGCAGCAGCAGCAGCAGCAACCGCAGCAGCAGCAGAGUUGUGGGGUUAUGCAUGCAGGAAGAAGGUUUGCUGCAAUCUAAGGAAAAAGAAUUAGAAGAAGUACAAAGACAAGUCUGCAUACUUAAACCUAAAGCAGAAAAAUACGUAGGAUUGGAGCAAUCAUUAGAAGAAUCACAGCAGCAGCAGCGGCACUUUGCUGCACUAACGAACUCUUUGCGCAGCAAAUUGCAUGCAGCAGAGACACAAACUAUUAAAUUAAUUAAUGAUAAAAAUAAUCUUAAUCAAAAACUUAUCGAUCAGCAGAGGAAGUUGGAGGCAUUAAAGAGAUUUAAUCCUAAUGCACAGGCAGGAGGAACAGCAGCAGCAGAAAUGGAGGCCCUUCGUUCUAUUAUAUGGAAGCAGCAGCUAGAGCUGCAGCAGCUGCAGCUAGAUAGUGCAGCAGCAGCAGCAGCAGCAGCAGAUGAAGAAUUCUUCUCUAAGCUCCAACUGCAGCAGCAAAUACGUCAACAGCAGCAACAGCAGCAGCAGCAGCAGCAGCAGCAAAAUGGAGACACAGCAGCAGGAGGAGUAGCAGAAGGCCUUAAAUUAGUUAAAGAAUUUAAGACACCGGAGGGUCCUGUGUCCGGAUUUGGGGAGGCAGCAGCACCAGGGGCAUAUAACUUCUUACGUCGCUUUAAUAAUCUUAAGGAUAUAGCCUUCUUAGAGCAGCUGCCGCUGCAGCAGCAGCAGCAGCAGCAGCAGCAGCAAGAAGAGGAACAGCAGCAGCAGAUGAUGCAGCACGUACAACCAGCCAUGCGUAUACGUCUACAAGGACUGCCGCCAUGGCUAAGCUCAUCAGCAGCAGCAGCACCACCACCAGCAGCAGCAACAGCAGCAGAUGAAGGAGGUGCUGCAGCAGCAGCACCAGAAGCAGCAGGAGACUCGUCAACACCAGCAGCAGCAGCAGCAGCAGCAACAUGCAGCGCAGCAGCAACUGCAGCAGAAAAUAUAACAAUGAAAUUAAUUGUUAGAGAUGAUCAAUUAGCUCUCCUAUAUAAACGUAUUGCAGGCAUCUAA